GGAAUCACUGAAAUAGAUCGUAGUAUCGUAAAUGCUACUUAGAAGUGGACUUUCAGGAGAAGUGUUAGGUGUUUGAGUUUUGCAAAAACAAUUUACACAUUUAAAAAAAAAUGCAAACUGAUUGUAAAUGUUGGAUGCGCUGAUGUAUGUAUUGAGCAUUCACUCUAGGAGAAUAUUUUUGUACAAUGGGGAGUUUCUUUUUGCUGAUUAUAUUUGGAUUAUACUUAGACUUAGGAUCUUUACAAGAACCAAGCAAGUCCUGCGAGGUUGGAGAUGUUUGCCAGUACAAGUGUCUGUGCACUAGUCAAUGUCAAGAUGACUUCCAAUGUACCAAGAAAGAUAAAUGUAAAAGAGGAUGGUUUGGUUACAGAUGUCAAUAUCAAGGUUUUGCUGUGUCAGGGGCAACGAUUAAAACCAUUCCUCUAGGACGAAAAACUGAUUGGCUACUUGAUCAAGAUGAUAACACCUGCUAUUAUGAUCCAUAUUUGAAAUCUGUAACAUGGACAUGGGCAGAGUUUAAAGUCAUUCCUCUAACCUGGACGAGGAUGGCUGUAACGGACCUACACUCACUGCUCAAUGUGACGCUGCAGUUCAUGAAAGAAAACUCAACUAAGACGUCUUCAUGUCUAAAUGAGACGCUCGCUGAAGUAACCAACAAAACUCUAGACAGGCGAUGUAAUGAUGAUGUCAGGAUAACAUCUUUAACUUUAUCAGGAAAUCUGUCAUCUUUAUGUUCUUUUUAUAUCAGUGGAGGUAGAAACAUUGCAUACAAACAGAACGCCACGCAGUCAUCAGUCUAUCCUGGCUUUGAAAAGUACACAGCUGACUUAGCUGUAGAUGGAGACACUAACUCGAACGUUUUUGCCGGCAGCUGCUCUCAUACUAACGAGGAGACGUCCCCAAGUUGGAAUCUAACUUUACUAAGCGGCUACGUUAUGACACGGGUAAUCCUUUAUAACAGAGAUAAUUUUUCAGAACGUCUUCUUAAGUUUGCAAUAAAUACAUAUGAUAUGAACGGAGAAGUGGUUGGUUUCUAUGGAGAUAAAGAAUCAUCAGCCAAACCCAUCUUUUAUAUCAAUUUUAACGAAAGUAUGAAAACUACGGUUAAAUAUCUUCACAUACAUCUAUCCGGAAAUAUGAAAAUACUCACAUUAUGUGAAGUGGAGGCAUAUGGAGAGUGUCCAUCUGGUCAUUGGAGCCUAUCCUGUAGUAAACGAUGUCCAGUCUCAUGUCCUGACACCUGUGAUAGAGACACUGGGGCAUGCAACAGUAUAUGUAUUGGCUACAAUAAUCCACCGCAGUGUGAUACAGUUUGCUCUGCUGGAAAGUGGGGAAUAAAUUGUCGCUAUAAUUGCAGUAACAGAUGCGUUAGGGCCUUGUGUAAUGUUAAUACUGGAUUGUGUGAUCAAGGAUGUCAUGGAUACCGUGACUCACCUUACUGCGGCACUGUGUGCUCCAGAGAUAGAUGGGGCAUCAACUGUAGUCAUAGAUGUAGUGAGCAUUGCCACAAUCCCACUUGUAAUCCUGUCAGUGGAGAAUGUCACCAAGGAUGCAAGCCUGGAUACCUACUGCCAGAUUGUACAAUGGAAUGUCCAAAAGGACAAUGGGGAUCGAACUGCACUAGUACAUGUAGCGAAAACUGCUUCGACAAAUUAUGUAACACUAAAGAGGGCAGCUGUGACUUUGGUUGUGUUGAAGGAUUUCAGACUCCAAUUUGCUUACAAAAAUGUGUCAGCGGAACUUACGGAAGGAACUGCUCGUACAAUUGUUCAAGUCUAUGUCUCAACGGAGAAUGUGAUCCUGUCAAUGGGACUUGCAAUAGAUGCCCCGCUGGGUUUGAGGGGCAGGCUUGUGAAUUGAAAAUAUUCAGAGUGGAAUUCAGCAGUUUUGGAAUAGGAAUAGCUAUUGGGUGUGGAGCUAUUGUACUUGUCGUCCUGGUCGUCCUAUUGAAAAUCUAUCACCCUAGGUUGGUUCUGUGGAGGCAAAGGUCAAGGUUUGCUUGUGGUGAAACGAAUCUCCAGGUUACAGAAGGCCACAUCUAUGACCAUAUUUUACAAACAGAUCUUCGAGACGGAGAAGUCAAUCAUGUAUACGAGACAAGUGUCUUGACAUCGCCAGCUCGGACAGAGUACUCUACAGCCGAACCUAAUAGUGGAUACGAAAUACCAAACAAUCAAGUCCACUCUAAUGGGCUUUGUUGCUGCACAUAAAAAUUAUAUAUGUCUCAGACGCGAAUGGCCCAAAUUUUCAGUAAAAGAAAUUACAAAAGUCAUUUCUCUAUAGAAGAAGUAACGAAAGUUAUAUAGUAUAAAACCACAGACCUAUAUAUACUACAAUAAAUAUAGGUAUUUGCUCUCUAUUUACGAUUUAUUUAGGUAGGUGCUGUUUUACUAUUACACACCAAGUAUUAGAGUUUAGAAAAACCCAGGUUCGUUUUUUUUAUUGUGUAACACUAUUCGCUAACACCGUGUAGAUCUAAAUUUCAACUCUUUAUUAGUAUAGUUAAAUCUUUAUAUUAAAAUCUGUAUGAAUGCGUUGGUAAUAUAGUAGAUCUAGAGCUACAUAUUAUUAAUGAGAUUAGUAGAUUUAUGUUAAUAAAUUAAUAGGAAUAGAUAUAUUGUUCUAGAAUUUUAGUAUCUAGAUAUUUUUUUGGCAUCUCGUAUCGCACAGCAGACAAACUUACAAGACAAAAGUCAAAAGCCGUCAAGUCGCAAUAGGUUCUGCGUAUACAGUUCACGCCAUUUACGGUUCUGCGUAUUUCAUAGGCGUAGUCAUAUCACCACAUGGGCACAUGUGAUUCGUGAAACAUUCAAAUAAACAGUAAAUACUGUACUCAUCAUUAAUCUUCGGAAUCACUGACAUUGUCAUUAAGUAGAAUCUAUAUCUAGAUUCUAUCUUGAGACUAUAGAUUGUCACUAGUCUAGCUCUACCUGACUAAAAUUUAUUAAUUAAGAUAGGCCUACAUCUACUAUCUAGAAUAUUCUGUAUAGAAUAAAAAACAUCUAGAAAAAAUCUAUAGCUAGUCUAGAUCAGACUCAGUAGAUCUACUAUAUAUAAAUAUUGAAUAUACUUCUACUUAUAGAUCUACUUUUCAACGCCAAGACCUAAUAUAACAAUAUAAUAAUAAUAAUAAUAUGGCUUGUCAUCAAGAUUAAUGCGGAAUGCAAUAUUUCCAUGGAUACGCAUCCCCAGCUGUGACCUACAUAUUUUUCCCAAACAGGGCAAGCAUAACCAUUGUCCGCCGGUAGUAAAGAUUUUCUUUUCGCCGUCUGCGUCUGUCCUCCUCAGCGGAUUUCCUUUUGGUCACAAAUGUGCAUCCCGCGGCCUUCCAGCUGCCUGUCUCAUUCUGAGACCGCAUGCAACCAGGUGCUCUCUUCUAUGUCUGCUUAUAGCAAGUAAGCGCCUAAUCUAGUCUUUAAAGCGUUUCCGUGAGGCACCUCUGUUACGUCGACCACCUUUUAGCUCGUCCCCAUACGGGAUACGUGCCCUACCCAGCGUAACUGUCGGACCAUAAGAAAUCCGUCUAUACUAGUCUAUACUGUCCAUACUGCGUUCGCAAUGACAUCGCUGUUUGUAGUGCUGUCUUGAUGGAAGCAACUUUGGUGAAAGCGUUCAAGCAGUCUUAGUUGUUUUCUGUAUAAUACCCAUGUAUCAGAUCCAUAUAGAAGGAUUGAGAGAACCACUGCUUGGUAGACACUUUUUAGGCAGGCGUAGCGAUCUAAUCCGCCAACUCACUCCUGGAGGCGUCCAAAAGCACUUUUGGCCAUGGCCAGAGGUUAUCAACUUCCUUGAAAGCGAGGUGUCAUGCUUCCUAGAUAUAUUACGUAUUCUACCACGUAAAGGGGGAUGCCCACUUACGGUGAUCUUUGGGGCUGAGUAGGCUUAUUGGGUCCCUUCAGAAACAUGACUUCUGUUUUCCCUGAGGUUUGUAGAUAAACAGAAAGAGGCGGCAGUGUAUGACCGCGAUCUAGCAGGACCCAAUUAUCGGCUUAGAGAAGCUCUGUUAUGACCAUUUCCUUUGUUUUUGUAUGGGAUAGUAGACGUCGAAGACUAAACACAUUGCCGUCUGAACGAGACCUGAUGUCGAUGCCUUUGUGCAAUCACAGCCUCAUUUGACCCAGCAUUACGCCAGAAAAGAUAGUGAAUAGAGUAGGAGCAAGUACACAGCCCUGCUUCACGCCAUUUUUUAUUGGGAAAUGAUCGACAGGUCACCAUUGUCUCUAAUCUGUCCCACAUGAAACUGGUUAAGAAUGGAUAGGAGCUUAGUUGGGUAUCCGAGCCAAAUCCCACAUAAACCAUUGACCGUGACGAAAGCCGUGGUGAGGUCAACGAAGGCAGCGUAUAUAUAGGUUUAUAUAGUAUACUAGACUGAAAUCUAGUCUAAAAUCGAGAUUAAGUCUCAGACUCUAGAUUUAGACUGCCUAGAGUUACAGUCUAGAGUAAAUUCUGAUUAUCUUAGAUGCUAUUUCUACUAUAUUUAUAACAUAGAUAUAUAUUCUAGAAGUAGAUCUAUACUGAUUCUAUACAUACAAUUCGAAUUGAACCUGAAUAUUUAUGAAUAUAUAGAUUAUAGAUUAUAACUACAUUUUAUAGAUCUAUGACUAUUAUGACAAGGUUCAUGGCAUGUGUGAGAUACAUUUUGCAAAGCAACUAUAAAUAAUGAACUAAAACAAGUUCAUUAUGCGAUUUUUUUUUAUAUUUAGAUGCUUAGGUUAGUAUUAUUUUGGACCAAUGUCUCACAACGGUUAAUAAGAGAAUCAGGUAUAAACAUCAGGAGAAAACACGAGAAAACAUUAAGAAAUUAAAACAGACAAAUAGAUUCAUAACAAACGAAUAUUCACAAUUUAUUACAGUAACACCUUUUUAAACACACCUUUUAAAAAAUCAUUUAAAAAAUUUAAAAUCACAAAAAAAUUUAUUUCGACAAUUAUUUGUGUGUGUGAAAUUAUGCAUCGGAAAAUGCCGGGUACUUGAAAUAAGCUAGUCCUAAAAAAAUGCACAUAUCUUGGGUAAUAGACUCGUCAAAUAAAGUACUGUAAAUGUGUAGUUUCAGGUGCUUGUUUCAGGUCUUUUCUUUCUAUAACCUCUAUCGGGUUUUAUCCCAACUAGCCGUAUUUUUUGUGCAGAUUUUUUUCUGUAUCAGGCACACUUAAAAUUAUAGCAUAAUAAUGUCACUUUAAUUUAAAAAGAGAACUAAAAAUUGCAAAAGAUAAAUAAGGAAAAAGGUACUUCCGGCGCAAUUUAGAAUUCUAGUUUUAAACCAAAGUAACGAAACGCAUAAUCGCAACAAAGCCCUUUGUUUUCACAAAAUAAAUUUUCAAACAUUGUUCCGUUUGUUUCAAUUUAUAAUGAAAAUAUUUUCUAAAGUAUUUAAAUAUCUAGCUCUGUAAUUUGUAUUUUUUUGUUAUAAGUUAUAAAAAUAUUAAUAAAAGUCUGUUUUGUAUACUAGUGUUAACAGAAGUGUGAAUUGUGGUAGUCUUUAUCUGCACCCACAAAAAAAUUCUGCUUUCAUGUUAUUAUUUUUUGAUAACUUUGAUCAGCCUAACCUACGUACACAUGCAGCUAUCUCGAA